ACCUAAGAAAAUAUUAAUAACGCAGCAAACGUGAAAAAUAAAAGAAGAGGAGCAGUCUUGCAAGGUGAAACCCACCUCCCACUCUUCAUCUCCUUCUUGCAUACGAGCCGAACCGGCGACACCAGCGGGCAAGUGAGUAGUAACUAUAGACUGCGAGGAGGUGGUGGCGGCACCAGCACAACGUCCGUUUUGCCCCGGCGAUUGACCCUUGAGGGUUUGAGUUCAGAGUCUUCAAUCAAUGGGAAAGGGUGGUGAUGAUGACGAAACCCAGAAGCACAACAACAACAACAAAAAGCGCAAACUAGUUUUCCCUUACGGCAACUACAAGACUUACUACGGCUAUCGACUUGCUCAAGGCAUGGAUGAAGAUCCUCGCUUGAAAGUGUUGAGGAAAGAGUGGUUUCAAGGCAAAGACUGUCUUGAUAUUGGCUGCAACAAUGGGUUAAUCACCAUCCAGAUUGCUCACAAGUUUCACUGCCGGACCAUUCUUGGAAUUGACAUUGACUCUGAUCGAGUUCAGGAUGCAUAUUGGAAUCUGAGAAAAACAGCUAGAUCCAAAUCUGCCCCUGCGAAAGCCUCCAAACUUGAGGACAAGGACCAUUCAGAGAACAAUGUUGCGGUGGUGUCUAAUGCCGAUACAGAUGAGACUUCAAAAGAACCAUCUUCUUCGGAGCAAAUUGAUCUGAUGGAUAUAGUUUCAUUUAAACGAGAGAAUUUUGUUCAGAGUUGGCACCCACCCGGAAAGCACUAUGAUACAAUUCUUUGUUUGAGUGUCUCAAAAUGGAUACAUCUAAAUUGGGGGGAUGACGGUUUAAUUACAUUAUUUUCAGAGACUUGGAAGCUGCUCAAACCUGGUGGCAUUUUUGUGUUGGAACCUCAGCCAUGGAAUUCAUAUGUAAGCAAUCGUGAUGUCUCUGAGACCACCAUUGCCAACUUCGGCAAUAUUAUGUUUCGUCCAGAACAGUUUCAGGAAAUACUGCUAGAUAAGAUUGGAUUUAGAACAGUAGAAGAUAUCACUUCAGGGUUGACUGGUACCAAGGCUGGUUUCAAUAGGCCAAUUUUGGUUUUUCAGAAAUGAUACAUGUAGUAAGUCAGCUGCAGAGUCAAAGUUAUUUAAUAUGGAGUCAUUCUUCCCCAUAGAGAAGCGUCUGUUACAUUUUUUGAAGUCGGUAAUGGUUACUUGCGAUGAAGCUAAUGUUCAUAUGUGUAUGUUUUUGUCCAUUGUGAAUGAUGGCAGUGAAGCAAAUUUUUUGUUGAUAGGGGCUUGAAUGUAGAGAAUGGAAAUACAAACUUGUAUGUCUUUUGUGUA